AUGGAGGGAGGGUUGAACCAAGACGACGCCAGUCAUGGAGGGGCAACUAGCGACACAGAAAUGCGUAACCAGCUGGAGGUCGUACUGUACCCCGAUUGCAACCACCGCCGCAAGUCGUCAUUAGUCUCAGUCGAUGAGUCGAGAUCACGGCCGCACCUGGACAGCAACGACGAGAGAACAGCAUGCUUUGUUCAUUCCUUGAUUCUCGGAGAAUGGAUAGCGCCGCCAACCAAACCCGAGCUACAAAAAGGGUUGAAAACCCCGAAGGCGGAGGAUGCCGUCUCGCAAACAAGCAUCGAUGACAACGACGUGAUUUCACCGUCCGAGGUCCAAGAUCGCAAGGUCACCAAGGCGCUAUCUACAGCUGUCCAGUCUCGUCACCUAUCCAAGAAGCAGUUGUCCGAUAUGGCAUGGAAUGUGCGCAAGCUGUCAAAGAAACUGGGAAGCAUCAAGAUCAAGCUUACGGUCAAGAGCGUGUUACUGGUGACAAAAGCGCGCGACGAGGCUCUUGUAUCAUUGACACGGAAAGUCACACAAUGGCUACUGUCCAAGGAUCGCACCACAAAAUAUGUCGUCUACGUGGAGCGACGGCUUGAGACGCAUCCGGAUUUUGGCGCCAUCCAGCUUCUACAGGAGGAACCGACCGCAGAAGGACGGCUCAGGUACUGGGAUACUAACAUGGUGGCCGAGGAAGCCCAUCUCUUCGACUUCGUCGUUGCGCUCGGGGGCGAUGGCACAGUUCUCUACACAAGCUGGCUGUUCCAGCAUGUCGUACCACCCGUGCUCUCUUUUGCACUUGGAUCACUGGGCUUCUUGACGAAAUUCGACUUCAAUCAAUAUCAGAGCACGAUAGAAACCGCCUUCAAGGACGGAGUCGUGGUCAGUCUACGACUGAGGUUCGAGUGCACAAUCAUGAGGAGCAAUCGUCGACCGGAUGAUGAUGUCUCAAACACGUCGAAGCGAGACCUGGUCGAAGAAUUGAUCGGGGAGGAGGGUGAAGGGACUUUGACCCAUCGGCCCGACAAGGUUUUCCAGAUCCUCAACGAUGUCGUACUGGACAGAGGGCCGAAUCCUACAAUGUCGCAAAUCGAGCUGUUCGGCGACGAUGAGCAUUUUACUACACUACUAGCAGACGGCGUGUGCAUAGCUACGCCAACUGGAUCAACUGCAUAUAACCUGGCAGCUGGAGGAUCUCUGUCCCACCCAGAAAAUCCAGUGAUCCUCGUCACAGCCAUCUGCGCACAUACACUAUCGUUCCGACCGAUCAUCAUGCCAGAUACCAUUGUCUUGCGGAUGGGGGUACCUUACGAUGCAAGGACAAGCUCAUGGGCCAGUUUUGACGGCCGCGAGAGAAUUGAACUGCACCCAGGUGACUACGUGACGGUGUCUGCAUCGCGGUAUCCUUUCGCAAACGUGCUACCCCAGGACCGCAAAGGCGAGGACUGGGUCCAGAGUAUCUCUAGAACACUCAAUUGGAACUCGAGGCAGAAGCAGAAGAGCUUCAAAUAG